CCUCCAAGUAGCAAUAUUGAAGACUUCCAUGGACUCUUACCGAAGGGUUAUCCCCAUCUGUGCUCUAUAUGUGAUUUGCCAGUUCAUUCUAAUAAGGAGUGGAGUCAACAUAUCAAUGGAGCAAGUCACAGUCGUCGAUGCCAGCUUCUUCUUGAAAUCUACCCAGAAUGGAAUCCUGACAAUGAUACAGGACACACAAUGGGUGAUCCAUUCAUGUUGCAGCAGUCUACAAAUCCAGCACCAGGAAUUCUGGGACCUCCACCUCCCUCGUUUCAUCUUGGGGGACCAGCAGUUGGACCAAGAGGAAAUCUGGGUGCUGGAAAUGGAAACCUGCAAGGACCUAGACACAUGCAAAAAGGCAGAGUGGAAACUAGCAGAGUUGUUCACAUCAUGGAUUUUCAACGAGGGAAAAACUUGAGAUACCAGCUAUUACAGCUGGUAGAACCAUUUGGAGUCAUUUCAAAUCAUCUGAUUCUAAAUAAAAUUAAUGAGGCAUUUAUUGAAAUGGCAACCACAGAGGAUGCUCAGGCUGCAGUGGAUUAUUACACAACCACACCAGCGUUAGUAUUUGGCAAGCCAGUGAGAGUUCAUUUAUCCCAGAAGUAUAAAAGAAUAAAGAAACCUGAAGGAAAGCCAGAUCAGAAGUUUGAUCAAAAACAAGAGCUUGGACGUGUGAUACAUCUCAGCAAUUUGCCCCAUUCUGGCUAUUCUGAUAGUGCUGUUCUCAAGCUUGCUGAGCCUUAUGGGAAAAUAAAGAAUUACAUAUUGAUGAGGAUGAAAAGUCAGGCUUUUAUUGAGAUGGAGACGAGAGAAGAUGCAAUGGCAAUGGUUGACCAUUGUUUGAAAAAAGCCCUUUGGUUUCAGGGGAGAUGUGUGAAGGUUGACCUGUCUGAGAAAUAUAAAAAACUGGUACUGAGGAUUCCAAACAGAGGCAUUGAUUUACUGAAAAAAGAUAAAUCCCGAAAAAGAUCUUACUCUCCAGACGGCAAAGAAUCUCCAAGUGAU